UUCGAUUUCCGUGUCAAGCAAGCAUCCAUUUCUAUCUUCCCUUGCUUAACCGAUGGGCAAUAGCCUUUCUUAGCUUACCUUCAAUUCUUUUUCUUUUUUUUCCCACUAUUAUCCAAGUUAUCAUCAACACCCCCACCCCCGACCCCCCAACCCCACCCCAACCCCUCUUCUCUUUCUUUUUAAGCUUUGCUUCACUUCUAAUCUUCUCAAACCUAACACCCUUUUCCCCUUUCUAAGUAAACCUCUCUGGUUUUUUUGUAUGUAUUUGUUAUUUCUGUGGUGGGUUUCUUGAAAGGAAUCCUGAUUUUCAAUUUCUUGGUUUUUAGGCCGGAAAUGGAGCAAGAAGGUGCACUUGUUCUUGUACCGGCGGUGGGGCCGGUGGUGACGCCGAAGAAGGCGGUGGUGGCAGCACCACCGACGUCUUUAGCACCGGGUUUCAGAUUUCAUCCGACUGAUGAGGAGUUGGUGAGGUACUAUUUAAGGCGAAAGGCUUGUGGGAAACCAUUUCGGUUUGAAGCUGUUUCUGAAAUUGAUGUUUACAAAUCUGAGCCUUGGGACCUUGCAGUAUAUUCAUCUCUGAAGACUAGAGAUUUAGAGUGGUACUUUUUCAGUCCUGUAGAUAGGAAGUAUGGGAAUGGAUCUAGACUUAACAGAGCCACUGGACAGGGCUACUGGAAAGCUACCGGAAAGGAUCGGCCUGUUCGCCACAAGUCUGAGACUAUUGGAAUGAAGAAAACGCUUGUUUUCCAUAGUGGUCGAGCUCCUGAUGGUAAGAGAACUAAUUGGGUAAUGCAUGAGUACAGACUCGCUGAUGAAGAAUUGGAAAAAGCUGGAGUUGUGCAGGAUGCCUUUGUACUCUGUAGAAUCUUCCAAAAAAGUGGAUUAGGGCCUCCUAACGGCGACAGAUAUGCGCCAUUUAUUGAGGAGGAAUGGGAUGACGACACAUCUCUCCUGGUUCCCGGAGGAGAGACAGAGGAUGACGUGACCAAUGGUGAUGAAGCGCGAGUCGAGGGAAACGACCUUGACCAGGAUGUGUUAGGGAAGGCUCCUCGCCAAAGUGAAAACCUGCUUGAGCCUCGAGCUCUUUCUUUUGUUUGCAAGAGGGAAAGGUCUGAAGAACUUGAACCACUCUCUUUAGCUCAAAGCAAAAGAUCCAAGCAUGAUGAUCCUAGCUCUAGCCAUGCAAAUGGUUCGGAGGAUUCAACCACUAGCCAACAGGAUCCACCAACAAUGAUGAUGACGACAAAUUACUCCCCUACUCUCUUAACAUUUCCCUUGUUAGAGCCCCUUGAACCAAAAGAAGUUCAACCUUCCAACUCCCUUAAUUUUGACUCUUCCAAUCUUGAAAAAUCUGUUCCUCCAGGUUACUUGAAGUUCAUUAGCAAUUUAGAGAACGAGAUACUAAAUGUCUCCAUGGAGAGGGAGACGGCAAAGAUUGAAGUGAUGAGAGCUCAAGCUAUGAUCAACAUUCUUCAAUCUCGUAUCGAUCUCUUGAACAAGGAGAACGAGGACUUGAGAAAACUCGUCCGAGGGGGUUAGUUGGUAACAUCAUCUCCAAUGUAAUUCUAGUUUUGCAGUUGUUGGCGGAGCGGAGGGCCCCCUUGUAUUGGAGUCCUCCAUUCUUGAAAUGUCUUAAGUUAGAGGAAAAUGGCUGGCUAUGUAAUAACUUUAUUUACAUAGUUUUGCUAUAAACUUGUAUCUAUGCACCAUUAGCUAUCAACAUAACGUUGUCUGUUUAACCGGUUUAAAUAAAGUUGAGCAUCUUUGGUUGUAA